AUGAACUCUUCCACUCCAGCAGACUUUGACCUCACUUUUCUGGAGGAGGGGUUUUCUGCCCAGGAGCAGGACGCUUGCAGAUCUCCCCAACCAGAAUUUGAGAUCCACGACUCUGAAGAUGCCUUCUUUGUGGGGGACCUGGGGGACGUGCUGCAGAAGCACCUGAGGUGGGUGUCUAACCAUGUUACACGUGCCAUGCCUCGCGUCACGCCCUUCUACGCCGUCAAGUGCAACAACCGCCGAGCCGUUGUCAUGACGCUUGCUGCCCUGGGGACGGGGUUUGACUGCGCCAGCAAGACUGAGAUCCAGCUGGUGCAGUCUCUCGGGGUGGACCCCAGCAGGAUCAUCUACGCCAACCCCGGCAAGCAGAUGUCCCGCAUGAAGUACGCCUCUGCCCACGGGGUCCAGAUGAUGACCUUCGACAGCGAGGGGGAGCUCAUGAAGGUAGCCUGUUGCUAUGAAAACCCUAAGCUGGUCCUCUGCAUUGCCGUGAAUGAUGCAGGUUCCAUGUACACAAUGAACAACAAGUUUGGGGCAAAGCUGGAGAGAUGCCCUCUGCUCCUGGAGCAGGCGCGGGAGCUGGGCCUCGACGUCAUCGGGGUUAGCUUCCAUGUGGGCAGUGGCUGCACUGACCCAGAGGCCUACAGCCAGGCCAUCUCAGACGCCCGCCGUGUCUUCGACAUGGGGAUUAACCCAGCACUGGAUAACCCAGCACUGGAUAAGCACUUUCCAGCCCACUCUGGGGUCCGAGUAAUCGCAGAGCCAGGCCGCUACUAUGUGUCUUCAGCCUACAUGCUGGCCGUCAGCAUCAUCGUAAAGAAAGUGGAGAUUGAGGAGAAGAUGGCCUGUGAUGAUGAAGGUGAUGGGGCCAACAAGAGGACCUUGAUGUACUACGUGAAUGACGGGAUCAAUGGCUCGUUCUACAACAUCCUUUUUGGCGCCAGAUAUAUGCCAAGUCUGCACAAGAAACCCAAGCCGGACGAGCGCACGUACCCCUGCAGCAUCUGGGGCCCGACCUGUAACAGGCUGGACCGCAUUGUGGAGCAGUGCAUCCUGCCAGACCUGCAGGUGGGCGAAUGGCUGCUGUUCCACAACAUAGGGGCCUACACCAUAGCCUGCUCCACCACCUUCAACGUCUUCCAGAAGCCUGACAUCCACUAUGUGAUGUCACGGAGCGCAUGGCAGUGGAUCCAGCAGAUCUCCGCUCAGGGGCUGCCCGCCCCCGUGGAAGAGUCCUGUCCCAGCCGUACCCCAUCCUGCUGCAGACGGGAGAGCAGCCUGGAGCUUCUGGCCAAGCCCUGCCUUUGA